UUUCUAACAACAGAGGCUGUUGCUGCCGGAGCAGGGCCCAGGGCGACUAGCCCCAGCCCCACGCGCGGCCCAGCUGCAGGAACUCAGCUCAGAGGGGCCGAACUGUGAUCUCUGCCCACCACCUCUCUGUCCUCUGGCCUCCUGGGCCUCCCCGCCCAGCUGCUCCCAAGCUGGACCCACCUAGAGACCCCACUCACUCCCGGCAGCCCCGGCUGCUGGGACAGAUCCCAGUGCCGGCAGGGGCUGUGGGAGGACCCCGGGGUCUGCACUGCUCCCCGGAUGGCCUGCUCUUCCUGACGGCCGGGGCUGCACCCUGCGUCCACGUGAUGGACCUCGAGGGACGCUCCAUCUGCCACCUGCCCUGCCAUCUGCCGGGGACUGGGGCCUUCGUGCCGGAGGACGUUGCUGUGACGGCCGCUGGGCUUGUGGUGGUCAGCGACCUCGUCCGUGGGGCUGUCCACGCACUUCAGCACGCCGCCCGAGCCCCCCUGGGCCGCUGGGUCACUGUGGGCACCCACCUGGCCCCCCGGGGACUGGCUGUGGAUGCCGCUGGCCGCCUUCUGGUGACAGACUAUGUGCUUGGGGCUGUCCACAGCUUCACACUGGGCCCUGCCUUGCAGCCACUGGCCCCAGCCUCCAUGCUGGGUCUGGAGGGCCCGUGCUGGGUGGGCCCAGGGCCUGACGGGGGCCUCGCCGUGAGCGAAGAGUUUGGGGAUGUGUGGCUGUUCGGCAGUGCCUGCCAGCCCCUGGGCUCCCUGGGGGUUCGGAAAGGGCAUGCUUUUGGGAACCCAGCAGGCGUGUGCACCGAUGUGGAGGGCAGUGUCAUUGUGGCAGAUGAGCAAGGGCGCCGCGUGACCCUCUUUCCUCGGGCCAGGGAGCCCGUCUGCCUGGUGUCUGAGGGGCUGGGGCGGCCCCUGGGUGUGGCCUGUGCCCCUCAGGGCCAGCUCGUGGUGGCAGACGCAGGGGACAGCUACAUCAAGGUGUACCAGUACCACUCGGAGCCAGCCUGACCCGUGGAC